UCCUUUGCGCUUCGUUCUUCAAGGACCUCCGCUUCACUAGACAAGGGGACGCGCAAAUGAGAGUUAAACGACAAUGUAGUCAUUGACGUAGCGACUUACAUUUUCAUUUACAUCAAGUUUGCUGAAAUGUAACUCCACAAACGCUCUGUGUAGCGGGCUGUCUAUGUAUUCGGAUCAUGGGGGACCUCCUACCCUUCGACAGGCGCAUCUCUUACCUUGGUGACUUCACGUGGAACAGCAUGUCAGGACGGAGCGUUCGCCUGAAGCCGGUGCCCCUCCAGAGCCUCUCAGAGCUGGAGAGAGUCCGCCUGCAGGAAGUAGCCUUCAGCAGGCUGCUGCAGGACUACAACCUGGGCUGCCAGAUCACCAUCCCCAAAGAUGGUCAAAAGCGUAAGAAGUCCCUCAGGAGGAAGUUGGAUUCACUGGCCAAAGAGAAGAGUAAAGACAAAGAGUCAACGCCCCAGGCCUUCGGCAUACUGCUGUCGCAGGUGAUCUCUAAUGAUCGCGCCCACAAGCAGCGUCAGGAGCCCCAGCGCGAGGAGCACCGUGACCCCAGUGACCUUGUGUCCUCCCUGCUACACCUCACCUCCCGGAAGGGCACCAAAGACAAGGAGCUGUCCAGCAGCAACUCGUCUCUCAGCUCCACCUCUGAGACGGCCAGCGAGUUGCCCUCGCCCAACAUGCCCGAGGCAGCGCCACACACCCGCAGGAGGGGAGGAGUGUCUGUGGAUUGCAUCACUGACCUGGAUGACAAUCAGUCUCGCCUGCUGGAGGCCCUGCAGCUGUCCCUACCAGCCGAGACGCCCAGCAACAAGCAGAAGCAGAGGGACAAGAAGCUCAGCCUCAACCCCAUCUACAGACAGGUUCCCAGGGUAGUGGAGAACUGCUGCCUGCACCUGGAGAAAUAUGGUCUACAGACGGUUGGCAUCUUCCGUGUAGGAAGCUCAAAGAAGAGAGUACGGCAGCUGAGAGAGGAGUGUGACCAGGGAGUGGAAGUCCAGGUGGACGAGGCGCACAGUGUCCAUGAUGUGGCCGCGCUGCUCAAGGAGUUCCUCAGGGACAUGCCUGAACCCCUGCUGAGCAGAGAGCUCUACACCGCCUUCAUCAACACCAUGUUACUGGACCAUCCAGACCAGGAGAGCACCAUCCAGCUGCUGGUGUAUCUGCUGCCACCCUGCAACAGUGACACCCUGCAACGCCUCCUGGAGUUCCUGGCCACGGUGACCACCCACGCAGAGGACAGACAGGACAGGGACGGACAUGAGAUUACAGGGAACAAGAUGACAUCACUCAACUUGGCCACCGUCUUUGGGCCCAACCUUCUACACAAGCAGAAGAGUUCGGGCAAGGAGUUUGCUGUCCAGAGUUUUGCCCGCGCCGAGGAGAGCGCAGCCAUCAUUGGCGUGGUACAGUGCAUGAUCACCACGUAUGAGACCCUCUUCAUGGUGCCGCCUGACCUGCAGAAUGAGGUUCUAAUGAGUCUACUAGAGACGGAUCCCGACGUGGUGGAUUACCUCCUGAGGAGGAAGGCUUCUCAGCUCUCUGGCCCGCUGAGGACUGAGGAUCCCUUUUCUCUGAGGGAGAGGAGCUGCUCCAUUGACUCCAACAAGGCUUCCAGUGGGGAGUUGUCCCCCUAUGACAACAACUCUCCAGUGCUGUCGGAACGCCUGCUCUCCAAGGCCCAGGAGGACAGCAACCCCCUCUCUGAUCUGUUCAGGUUCCCGGAGCGGUUCACACUGGUUGGCCACGUCAAAGGUCAUCCCAGCAUCACCUGUCACUCACCGUCCACAGGCAAAGACAUACCUGAUGAACAUGUCUGGGGUGCCUGGCAUGCCUCUCUAAGGAAAGGGUUUAUGGAUCAUCACAUCACUGGUUCCCAUGGCGACGUUUCGGAACGCGGCUCCUGCGGCUCAUCAGAAGGACUCGACCAUCACCAAGGUAACAGCAAACUGCCUGUCAGACGAACUUACACCUCAUUGGGUGUGCCUGAGUGCAGACCACACCCCCCGGUGACUCGCUGCAGCAGUAGCCCUCUGACGGAGAGAGGGCUAAGACAGCAGGGUACAGACUCAUUAUUACAUCACCGACCACAGGGCCAACCAGGGGCCGGCAGCUCAGAGGACCUUGCACUAAGGGGCAGAGUGGGACAGCCUGCCAGCCCCUCCCUCAGAGGCAGGCCUGGCGGCAGCGGGGAUGGAAGACCUCCCCCUCCCUACCCUGGACCUCUCAGAGGAACACACAGAGAAUGUUCUCACUCCACACCUUCCCUCUCCCUCUCCACGCACCAGCCUGAGUGUGUGACCCCCCAGAGCCCCCGACGGCCUCCCCAGGGCAGCUGCAGCCCCAGGCCCCAGACUGUGGCCCCUAAGAGCCCCUCUGGUCCUCUGGAAGGGGAGGUGCCAGACAGCCCCGAGUGGCAGAGAGAGAGGUGGCAGAUAUGGCAGCUCCUAUCAACAGACAACACAGACACACUACCAGAGACACUGGUGUGAUGCGCUGGAGUACACCCACUCACUUUAACUACUGUGUUACCAAGAGGAGAGGAGCGAUGGAGGUUCCUGUAUGGUUGUGUUAAACUGCUACUUACUGAGAUGUGCCAAUUGUCUGUGAGUAACGGUAUGUUUGUUAAUAUUGUUGUUUCACUGUCCUUGUGUUACUUAUAGUUUUGUUUUAUAUUUCAGAAGUUUGACUCCAACAUUUUGUCAAUAAGACAUACCUCAACAGAGACACAAAUUAACAUCACGGAGAUGUGACUAUCUGAAUAUUUUUUGGGGACCAUAGUAACAAAAUACUUUCUUUUUACACCAUGUCAUUUUAUGUUUUAAUAUUUGACUCAGAAUAAUGGUGUACGAAUUAAUAUGAAUCUAUCGGUGCUGUGGCCUACAUACAAUGUUUAUUUUUCUAUUGUAAUAUCAUCCUAUGAGACAUAAUGCCGAUAUUAUAACCAAAAUCAAAUACAAUUAUCUUAUUGAAACAUUA